AUGGAGUUAGAGUCUACAACUAAUGAAAGUUCAAGCGAUUCAUUUAAACUUGGAAAAUGUAUAAGCUUACUAUUAAACUCUAAUAAUUUAGAAUUAUCACCUGAACAAGUAAAGUCAUUGAAUUCAAUCAAUAGUGCAAUCAGAGAAGAACAACAACAGAUUAAAAAUGUAAAUACUAGAAAACAAGAUGAACCAAUCAUUCCAUAUGUAGCAAAUGUACUAUUAUCGAUAAUGGAUUCAUUUAUUAACAAUCUUCAAUAUUCAAUAUCUGCACCAUUCAAUUACUUCAAUGUAGUUAGAUUAUAUCACUAUCUAUUCAAUCAUAAUCAAUCAGUUUUAAUAAACUUUUUAAAACAAUUGGUUAUUGAUAUCAUAUCAUUAACAAAUCAACAACAUCAACAACCAAAUAAUAGUAAUAAUAGUGAAGAGUUAACAACAAAGAAAAAACAAUUAUUGAAUCAAUUGAUAAUGUAUAUUCAUUUAAUAUCAACAUUGAAAUCAAUAUCGAUAGACGAUGAAUCAAAUCAACUUGAUUUGUUUGAAUUACUAGAAUCAUUAUUAUCUUUAAUGGAUACACAGACAUCAGAACAACAACAACAACCAACAAGAUUAGCAGUUGAAGCAUCCGAUUUAAAUAUAACAUUUUUAAUAAUGAUUGUGCAACAAUUGAAUAAGAAUCAACACCCAACACAAACAAUAUCAUUGGUUAUCAAUAGAAUGAUAGAUAUUAUCAAUAGACAUUUGAAUACGUUGUCUAGAUGGCAUCAAGCUAAACCAAUGUUCAGUUUUUCAAUUGGAUUAAUACUUUCAUUCAACAAACAAUUGGUGAUAAAUGAUCAGGCGAGUGUCGAGCGAUUCAUCCAUUGGUAUCAAAGAGUAUUACCUUUGCUUUAUUAUCAAAUGACGAAUUCAGUAUCACUAAAAGAGAGUAUACUAAAACAAAAUAUCGAUACACUUUUGAAGAUAUCAAUUGAAAGUGAUGAAUCAUCUCAAAUGGAUAUGAACGAUGACCAGACACAUGGACAACACCAACAACAACAAUAUACAACCAUCGAUUUAGAUAUAAUUGAUCGUUGUUGUAUAUCGAUAUUUAUUGUGAUUGGAAGUGUAAAUGAAACAAGACAAAAUCAAAUGGUACAUUCAAACAUGAAUGAAUUGACUGAUAUAUCUUCAUUUUUAAUUCAAUUUCCAGAAAGUAAUAUACAGUUUUAUUGUACUAAACUAUUAGAGUUGGUAUUCUCUUUGAAAUUGUCAAUCAACGUUGACAAUACUUCGAAUGGAAAUGAUUUAAUAUCAACUAUCUUAUUGACAUUGGAGAGCCAACAAGAUGAAGGAGAACAGGUCGAUAUUUCAUUGCCCAAACCAAUCAUUCAUUUCAUAGCGAUGACUGUUAUCAAACAUCAAGAUAAACUAUUACCUGUUAUACUCGAUAAAAUGGAAUUAUUAUUAAUCAAUAAUCAGCGGCAGCAACAACAACAACAACUAUUCAAUAAUUAUAUUCAACUAUUUUAUGAAAUAAUAGAGAUUAACAAGUCGAUAUUACAAGUCAAUAACACUAGUAUUACUUUUAUAGUAAGAUUAACUAAAAUAAUAUUGAAUAAUCAACGAUCAAAUUCAAUCGACUUGUUUAAAUAUAUAGAUAAUAGUAUUUCAUUACCAAUCACAAUUGAUUAUAUAAGUAAAGAUAUAGAGAAUAAUACAACAACUACCUUUUAUAAUGAUACAUUACUAGCAAUAUUACAAUCAAAUCAUAGUAAUAUUUCCUUCAAUAUAUUAUUGGAUAUUUUAUUAAAUACAAAGAUUUUAACGAGUGACAUUAUGGAUUAUAAUGGACAAUUCCAAUCUAUCACACCAGAUAGUUUAUUGACAUUUGACAAUUCUAAUGAAAAUAAUAUAAAUACAACAACUGUAGAUAAUAAUAAUAAUAAUAAUAAUAAUAGUAAUAUAGGUAUAAAUACAAAAGUAAUAGAUAGAAUCAUUAAUAUAAUACCAGAUAAAUUAAAUAGCAGUCUAUCUGAAGUUGGUUAUUGGAGAGAAUUGGUCAAUAGUUUAUUGGUUAAAUGGUGGUCAUUUCCGAAGGAUUUAGUGAUUUCAAAACUAUAUCAAAAGCUACUGCUUCAUAUUCCAACUUUUAUAAUAGUAGAUAUAGUAUUAGUAAACAUUGGUGAUAAGUUACAAGUUCAACUAGUAGAUUUAAAUAAUAGAACAGAAUAUGAAGAUGAUUUAGUAUUUCAACUUUUAUCUCCAUUAUUAGUAUUGAAAAUGACAUUGAAAGAGUUAAACAAUAGAAAUAACAACGGCACAGAUAAAGAUAGUAGAUUGGUAAUAAUGGAUCAAUUAUAUCAAAUGUGUUUGGUGAGAGUAAUGAGUAAUAAUCCAUCGAUGAUUAUUGAAACCAAGAGAGUUGCAUCAGAAUCGAUCAGUUAUAUUCCAUGUAAACACUGGUUCAGCUCUGUAGUAGCUAUCUUGGGUAGAUUAGUACAAACCAACGAUAUUAAAAGUGAUCUAUUGUUCUCCAAACAACUGUUGUUCUCCCUAUGCAAUGGAUUCCUCGUACAGCCGAAUGAUAUGCUCUUUGUUGCCACAUCGACCAAACUUCUCCAACCUUUGAUGAAGAUCAUCUGGUGUAUCAUUAGUUCAACGUUGGCCACAGAUAUUGAAAUGAAAAAGUUACAGAUGGGUGCAGCCGAUUGUCUAGCUUUCAUUAUCAAAGCAACUUUAGAAAAUCAACAAACAUCACAAAUUAUUAGUGUGGAGUCAAUUCGAUCUCACAAGUUACAGCUAAAUCAACUAACGGAUAUAACAAUUAUUCAAAUCCUCUAUAGUAUUGUUGUAAAGUUGGAUAGCAUAAGUGAUUUGGUUCCUCAUACCGAUGACUUGUAUGAUCUAAUGUUAGAAUCUAUUAAACAACAAAAUUAUAAUGACAAGUUAUGUUUGGCUGGUUUAAGAUUGUUAGGUGCUAUCAUUAAAUGUGCUCCUGAACUUAUAUUCACAAUACAAGACCGUUUAACAGAAAUUGUUUUACUCCUUAGUAAUACAGCCAAUGUAAAUCAACCUCAACCGCAACAACAACAACAACAAGAAUCAUCAAUUUACGAUAUUGCUUAA